AUAGAUCAACUACAUGUAAACUACAUUUAAACUACAUCAAACUACACCCAAACUAUAAACAAACUACACCUGAACUACAGCUUAACUACACUUCAUCUACUCCGGAACAAUAAAUUAACUACAUCUAAACUACUCUGGAACUAUAGAUCAACUACAUGUAAACUACAUGUAAACUACAUUUAAACUACAUUUAAACUACAUCACACUACACCCAAACUAUAAACAAACUACACCUGAACUACAGCUUAACUACACUUCAUCUACACUGGGAUAAUAACUGAACUAAUCUGGAACUAUAGAUCAACUACAUGUGAACUACAUUUAAACUACACCAAAAUUACACUUGAACUACACCUAAGCUACAAUUGAUUUACAUAUGAACUAACUAACUACUCCUGAACAACAGUGGAGCUACACUGGAACUUUGAAUAAACUACAUUUAAACUACACCCAAACUACAUCAGCACUAUAAACGAACUACAGCUGACUUACAGUUAAACUACAGCGUAACUACACUUGAUCUACACCUGAACAAAAAUGAACCACAUUGGAACUAUAGAUAAAGUACAUGUGAACUACAUUUAAACUACACUUGAACUACACCUAAGCUACAAUUGAUUUACAAAUGAACUACUCCAACAACAACAGCUGAACUACACUGGAACUUUAAAUAGACUACAUUUAAACUACACCAGAACUACACCCAAACCACGGUGGAACUAUAAACGAACUACACAUGAACUACACCAGGAUUACCCCUGAACUACAGCCGUUGCAGGUGGAGCUGUAGAGCCGGGUGAAGGUGGAUGGAUCUUUGCUGUUGGUUGGAGUUCCUCAGGUUGGAUGCAGGGUGUAGCAGAUCUCACAGCUCUGCUCCAGUAAGAACUGGGUUCCUGAAGGUGGUGCUAUUGAGAUGGAUAUCCGGGAUCCUGUAGCGCUGUUUACAGAAGUAUCUGGAAUAUAUUUGCGUUGUUAUCCACGACACUGACGACCCGGAUCUCCAGCUCCGGUUCGGGUGGAGGGAGGCUGGGGGGCGGAGCUUCAGGAUGGGGUGUAACAUGUGUGUGAUCCAGAAGCCUGAGGAACAGUGCCGGGUCAUGUUCCAGGUGAGCGCUAAGGAUCUGUCCAGGCUCUCUCAGGAACAUGGUCUGGAGGCUCUUCGCUGUGGGCGGGACUUUAGGCGGGGGCCCAGGAGGAAAGGGGGCGUGGUCAUGGGUGGUGGUUUGCCACUAUUGGCUGACUGUGUGGACAGUGGGACGCAGACGGACAUCAGCUUUCAGAACAUGGUUACGGUGGGCCGGGGAUACCGAAGCUGCGGACCCCCGCCGUCACCGUCCCCGCCUCUUCCACCUGUCCCUGAGCCGUACCUGUUCAGCCAGCUGUCGCCGCUGGAUCAUGUGUACUACGACCCCACCGACUACUUUGAUAUCACUCAGCAUGAGGUGGACCGAGCAGAUGAUCUGGAGUAUGAGGAGGUGGAGCUGUAUAAAUCCCGGGAGCAGGAGAAGCUGGGUCUGACGGUGUGUUACCGCACCGACGAUGAGGAGGACCUGGGAAUCUACGUGGGGGAGGUGAACCCAAACAGCAUUGCUGCUAAAAACGGACGAAUCCGAGAAGGGGACAGAAUACUCCAGAUAAACGGAGUGGACGUACAGAACCGUGAGGAGGCCGUGGCCAUACUGACCAGAGAGAACAGCACCAACAUCUCCCUCCUACUGGCCAGACCUGAGAUCGAGAACGAGCCAGACGACUUGGAGCUGGAACUGGGGGUCGGUCUAGGCCUGGAAGUCCUGGAUAACAGGCCUCACCUGGCCAGCCCUAACCAAAGCGGGAGAGCCAGUUCGGCCCUCAGCGACUCAGCGGUCAGCGGCCAUCGUGCCGGUCAUCCUGAUCUGUGGCAUACUGCACUCAGCAACAGUCAGGAGCUGGACAGCGGGGUUGGGCGUACGGAUGAGAGCACUCGGAAUGAAGAGUCUUCAGAACAUGACCUGCUGGCAGACGAUGCCACUAGUGCGUCCACCACCAAUGCAACCAACACGCCUGGCAGCAUGCGGAGAUUCCAUGGUACCCCACUUGCACCAAUGCAUGGAAAAGAACUUCACUUCAGUAGCGAUUUUCUACUCGGACCUGAGGGGACAGUUGAGCAAGGGGUUUCUGAAACCGCAGCCUCAGGGGUGAGCAGUGUGCUGAUGCCUGGACUGACUGAGGAAGAGAGUGAACGGUACAGAGAGCUGCUCGAGAUUCGGUUGCUCUAUGAGAGAAAUGGGAAUCCAUUGUUCUUGCUGGCAGGAGGACCACAAGGGUACCCUGCAGGAGAGGUUCCUCUGGAUAUGAACUGCAACGAAAGUCUUCUCAGGCAUGAAAUUGCUCUACUGGAGGAGGAACUGCGGCACCUGGAGUUCAAGUGGCGCAAUGUCUUGAGAGCCCAGAAGAUGCAGCAACUGCGGGAGCGCUGCCUUAAGGUCUGGCCAGCAGAGAAAGAGGACGAUGGGGAAGAAGGUGCGAUGGCGGCGGCGGCAGCAAUCCACCACGAACUGUCUGACAUCAAUGAGAUUCCCGAGAGAGACCGCUCGGACAAGGAAAGCACCAGUGCCUAUAACACCGGUGGGGAAAGUUGCAGGAGUACACCUCUUGUUAGCGAGCGAUAUCCUUCACCCUCUGUGCCUGGAGACUCUAGUGCCUCUGCAACCUUGCGGCCUUAUGGUUCUCGACACAAGCCAAUAAGGGCACGAGAUGAGGGCUUCAACCUGCCUUCUUCCCCUAGUGCUAGGCGAAAGUGUGAAGAAGCAAGCAAUGGUAAGACUCCCAGCCCAAGGACAAAGGCUCGGUCAAUGUCCCACAAUGGAGGCAGCAAUGGCAAGAAGGUCUCCAACAGCGUUCGAAAGAGCAACAAGACAAAUGGAGCAGCAAGUGGUAUGGCGGCUUACCACCAGAGUGGUGGAGCAGAAGGAGGCAAGAGUGCAGAGAACAGUCCUUAUCUUUCCCGUCGUCAAUGCGGCUCCAAGAUGCAAGAACACUAUCAAAGCUGCACGCAACUUAAGGAUAUGGCUUCCAUGGAUGGUCCAGAGAUUCACAGUACCAUAGAUGAUCCAAUUAGUGGUCAGAGCAUCAUUGUUAGAACAAAGAGAGACUUGGAGAUGCCCCUUGAAACCCCUGCAAAUCCAAUGCCUUUAGUAUCGUCCUUUCCCCAAGCAUCUCCCAGGAUGGAGUGGAAGGUGAAGAUCCGUAGUGAUGGUUCCCGUUACGUGGCCAAGAGGCCCGUCAGGGAUCGCCUGCUAAAAGCUCGUGCCAUGAAGAUCUCUGAGGAGCGCAGUGGGAUGACCACAGAUGAUGACGCAGUCAGCGAGAUGAAGAUGGGCAGGUACUGGAGCAAGGAGGAGCGCAAACAGCAACUCCUGAGGGCCCGAGAGCACCGGAGACGCCGGGAGUUCAUGCUGCAGUGCCGCCUGGACUUUCUACGGGAACGAGAGAAGGAGCAGGACUCCAGCGGCCAGGGGCAGGCAUCCAUCCUGGAGCUCAGCCAAAGGAAAAGCAUGAAGAAGCGCAGCCGACGCAUCCUGGACAACUGGAUUACCAUCCAGGAGCUUCUGGCACAUGGGACAUGUUCAGAAGAUGGGAAGAAAGUAUUCAAUCCCUUGCUGUCCGUAACCACGGUCUAAGCAAGUUGAGAAACUGAGGGAUUUACCUUUCCUGUUGCAAAGUUUGGGAAAACUUUCCUUUUCCAAGUAAUUUCCUUGUCAGUUUUGCAAUAACAGCUUAUUAAAGAAACUAUGAAACUAUAAAGGAACAUCUGCAAAACCCUACCUUGGGAAUAAAACCAAAGGCCACGUUUUCUUCACCUUGCUUGUUAGCACUUGUUAAAUUUGUGCUUUUAUCACUUUCAAAUCAUGACAAAAACUGCUUUCAUACUAGUCUUUGAUGAACAUGAGGUUGAAUGGUAAAGAUCAAUGGGCCUUACUUACGAAUUUUUUUUUAAAACCUCGGCAUUCAAGUUUAGUAACUUAGGACAUGCUAAAUUCAGCUUAAGAGGACAAUGGAAUCCACCAUUUGAGCAAAGCUAUAAACGAUUCUUAAAUGAGACAUAAACUUUCCCUACAGUUGUUAACUGUUUUUUGUGGUUUCAGUCAACCCUAAAGAACACGCUUUACACAUGCAUUUCUGGACAAGCUGAGAGCUCCAGAACCCUCAAUGAAAAUGAAAGUAGCAUGUGGAUUUUACACUAAUUUGGCUUGAACUAAAACAUGAAGUGUUUUAGAUAAGCUUUGUCCGACCUGCUUCUCCAGAGUUGCACAGUGCAUUAGUGGUGUUCUGGUCUAUACUGGAAAUUAUAUAGAUCAAUGGCGCAAAUUCUAAAACUGAUAUUUAAAAGUAAAACUUAGUGAUGCAAAUAGUCAGCAUCCCAAAUUAUUAGUUGAAAUGCAAAUUUUUAGAGUUUAACAAAAAAAAAAUAUUGUAGUUGGUAAUUGUUGACUAUGCAAUUGUAAAAAGUGGUAAAAUACGUUUUUUUUAAGCUUGCAAAAAGUCAUGCUAAGUAUUCGUUAUUCAAUAAAGAAAGGAUAUUUCAGUGCACCCCUACCUAAAAUGGUACAUAAUGAUGUGUUUAUAAAAUCUAUAGAGGGAUACUGGUGAAUGAUGCCCAUUAUAGCCACUAGCAUUAGCACAAAGCUACUGUAAGAAUACCGUAAGUGACCUCAAAGACCGUAUUGCACGGGGAAAAGUACAAAGGGAAAGCUGUUAAACUGUUUUAGUCACUUUUAACUCAAAAUCUUUGACAGACAGCGGAGAUAACCACCUGUAUCUGCUGCUUUUUGCUGCUGGUUUCAGAAAGAAAAGACAAAAUCUCUAAAUUUUUUACUUUAGACGGAACGUACAAGCCAAGGUGUUCUAAACCACAAAAUGCUGCUGUUUCUUAAAUGUUGCCUACAUUUUUUUUUUACAUAAGAGUGGCCACCAGUGAGAGAAGGCACAAUUUAAAGCAGGUGUUUCUAAUAAAGUGGCCACCAGUAAGUGGAAGCACAAGUUAUAGUAGAUGUUUCCAAUAAAGUGGCCAGAGAAUAGAAGCACAUUAUAAGUGUAUUAUAAUAAACUGCUUUUCUGAAAAGACAAAUAUCUAAAGAAGACAUCUGCUGCCAUCUAGAGGCUGCACCAUGAACUGCACUCUAGGUUGUAUAACAGGAAACCUAAAAUAGGAAACAGUUUUGAUAAACUACAAACAUUUAAUUGCAUUAUUGAUCAUUUAAUUCUAAUACAUUUUUUUUGUGUUUUGAAUUUGUGAGGUGUUGCAAUUUAGGGUAGAAAAAAGUACUUUCAAAAAUAACUAAGAUUUCAGAUUCUUGUAUUUUCAGUUUUUAAAAAAGCAUCUAAUAGAUGAAUCAAAAUUUUUAAAUUUUUAAUUUUUUUUUUUUUACCCAACAAAAAUUUCAUCACCUCCCAAAUUCAAAACAACCAAAAAAUGCAUUAUUAAAAUUCUAAUUUGUGAAUGUCAUUAAAUAUUUUGGUUCAAAGUCCAAUAAAUUUAAUUCAAAUUCAAAAAUAAUUUAAUUUAAUUUAAAAAAUUGCAGCACUGGGAGGAUGAAGGCUUGUGUGGUCUUCCUCCAAAACUGCCACUAACACAAUACUACUACAGCUCAACAUGCUUGGAAGAGAAUGCUAACUGCUAAUAACUGCUAAUUCUUUUAUGUCAGCUAAACAUAAAGAUUAAUACCCACACACUGAUGGAUGUGGAAGAGUGAGGACCGUCCCUCCCCACCCAGACAAAACAAGGACAGUUAUAUUGUCUGGAACUCUUGGAAACUGACGUAUGGCUGUGGCAGCGCCAGGAAUUUAACCUGCGACCUCCUGAUGAUGGAGCUACACUUAGACAGUUGCUCCACCCAGGAGAUCCAGAAUGAAACGUAGUAAAUUCUCUCUAUAAGGGAACGAGGGAAUAAUAUCUGAGUGCCAAACUCAGAAAAGCACAGCGGAACCGAUGUUGGAAAAGUUUAAAGCACACAAAGAAAAGCCAAUAACGAAAAGCUAAAACUACGUUUUCUGAUCUUUCAUUCAGUUUCAUAACAAUCCAGCUCUCAGGACUGAGUACUAAAAGGUACGGAAGUUUUUACCCAUAAUGCUCGGAGAGAAUGCUGGAGCAUCUUCAGUUCUGUAAAAAGUUUGCAUGUUGGUGUGAGAACCUGUUUAAGUAUCCAGAGUGAAUCUGUCGAUGUGUCUUCUGUCAUCAUUACUGUUGCUAGUAUAGAACCGGUAUGAGUUUGUGUGUUUAACAGGUAUUUGUUGAUGUUUUGGAAUAAACAUUUUUUUGACUAAUUCA